CGAGCCACCCAAUGCAACGAGGUUAACAUUGAACAGUCAAACAAGGGUCUCGGAAGAAUGCGAUUGAAUGCUCAAGUUUCUUUUCUCCCCGCUGCGCGCCGCACCGUGGUCUGGGGCGUUUCAACAUCUGCGAUUGGUUCCAGACAUUGAAACCAUGAGGGGCCACCGUUCCCUUCAAUUGGGUCCAUUUCCCGAUUCGGGGAACUCUUGCGAGAAUAUAUCAGACCUUGACUUUUACUUCUCUGUACGACAAUGGAAGCGGGAGGUGCCCGCACACGGCAUCAAUGUCACAGGCCAUUCUAUUCGAUGGCUUGCGGUCUCCUAUCUACUGCGAUGAAGCUUGUUCUCUUAUGGAUAGAACCACAUGGCUUGUUGCGUACGCAAUCUUGCUCCGUUUCUCGUGUGUUUCUCCCGCCUCGGCACGACUCGAUUCAUCACAAGAUACGGCAUCAUGUUCAACUUAUUUCUUAAGCUGAGUCCCCGCCCAACGGCCGAGGUCGUUGGCAUGGCUAUCCUGGUUCGAAGACGAAGACGCUCUUUGGGCGUGAUGAUGCAUCAAAGUUUCCCAAAUUCUGAUCGGCAUUGGUCAUCACUUCUUAUUCUUCUCAUAGAGACAACACCUCAUGCGUAGCAUCGCAAGAAUCUCCUCCCUGUUCUGUACCUGAUGUCGUUUUACACACCAUGUCUCUGCUCUCUGUCCACUAUUCGUCCCGUCUCCUUAGCUUCCUGUUCAAAGUCAUAACAACGACAAUAGCUGGCUUUGGCUUUAGCUCCAUGCCUGCCUCUCAUCUGUCACCUCCCGAACCUGGACUAGAAUCCUUGUUUCUUCUUCGUCCACACUUCGCAUCUGUCUACCUUUGCUUUCUUAGCCUCUCCACACAGGGGAACCCCGAUCUUAAUCGCUUCGGCGGCUCAGCCAUCUCCACACAUCCCUCCUGGUCUCUCCGCUUUUAGUUUGACUCUUUGGUCACUCAGUUGUCUCGAGAUAGUCCAAGCUUCUGGCAUUUGUCUGGCGUUUUCUUUCUUUCUGUGACAUGACCAUCACCAUCUCUCGUUCACUUCCUAGUUAGGCAUCUGUUGACUGUUCUCAACAUUCUCUCACCGACAAUGAAUCUCGCUCAUACAUGACUCUCCUGCUCCUUGCUUGGGCAAAGGACAUGCCCAUACAUAAUCCUGGUGGAUAUCAUUCCAUCCCUCCCGUCUUUACUCUCAUAUCCUGGCAAUUAACCCUGCUAUGGUUCCGUCUUGCUGGAACCGCUCUGCUUUGGUGGACCAUAACUCCAUGUCGAGCGAGGAUUGCUGUGCCGACGUUGAUUCCCAACCCGCAUGAGGCUUGCCCGUCUUCCAUCCUUCGUUACUUUCGCCUCAACUAGUCUAGUGUCAUCAAACAAAAAAGUAGAGUUUACGCCCGGCGGUCAUUACCGGGCAUCAUCUUAGCUGGCCGACUUAUACAUAGUCGAAGCAGCGUCCUGCCCAUCAGUUCUUGUUAUUCACAAGUCCGAAACGAUUUCUCCUUGCCAACAUAUUCUUUGGCCCAUCUGCUCGGAGCCUGGCAUCUUACCAUGCUAUCUAUUACCGAGCUACUGGUUCCCGCACCCUCCAUCACGCUAUCGUACUCUGUACCACCAGCUCGGCCCUGCCUUUCACCCAGGUCAUCGGAAUCUUCUUAUUGCAUGGACACUUCGCACAAGGCUCCGACUUUGCCAGUUCUAUCUUUGAAUCGCCUUAGCUCGGAACUUCUGGCUCUUGUGUUCGAACAGCUUCGUGAAAUAGACUCACCAACACUCACGUCUGUGCGUCUAGUCUCUAAGAGGUUCGAUGCCAUAGCUACACCGAUCGCCUACCGAUUCCUGACCUUGAACGAAUCUCUCGUCGCACCAGAUGCUGAACAACGCUAUCCUAAUGUCUCUCGGCACAUCUCGCAUCUCACAAAUCAUGUCACAAUACGAAGCAACUUGGAUCCCACAAGAAUUACCGAAAUAUUAUCUUGUAUCGAGCGAUUAAAGUCGGUUCGAUGGCAAUACAUAGAUGGCGACAUUCCUGCAGAGGGUCUGUGGUCACCUUCGGAGCUCCGUCGCCUGCAUAAUUGCAACUCGAAUAGCACCCAACUAUACAUCGAGGACCUCCCCCUGCGACGAGACUACAAUGGCAAUCCGUUGGACACUUUUACGAGAUCGAUUCCCUCAGAGCUGUUGGCGUCAUUGAAGCUUGCCAAUCCGAUGCCGGUCCUGUCAACGAGGCUCAACUCGUUAAAGCAGCUUCUGGUCCAAUCUCGACAGCUAAAAGCACUACGCUAUGAAGAUCGAGGUCAAGGCACGUGCUUCAAGUUCUCUCCUGGAGAACGAAUGCCACCCAUCGUCGACUUGAUGCUACGGUCAUACGACUGGAGCCAUACAGCUGAGGAUGUUCAGAAACAUUGGGAUUUCUCCAAAAUACAGUCGCUCGAGUUGAUUUCUGUGCCCAUCUUCAACUUUCUUCGCUCAGUGCCUUUCCGAGACUUCUCCGCGUUGCAUACACUCCAUGUGGAAGACUACAGUGCCCAUCUGUCUGACAAGAGAGAAGAUGCCACCAUUGGGUUGAACUUGUUGGUGAAAGAUCAUAUUGAGGCACUCGAGGUCUUGAACAUCACUUGCCAUACCCGAUUGUUCCAGCUUGAAUCUAUUGCAGCACAUCGAAAGUCGCUACAGGUGCUACGACUGAGGGACCACGUUGGGUUCUCAGAAGAUGACCAGAAAUGCCCAACCCUGGCACCCGUUGAUUUAGCUCAAUUGGGUCAACGGUUGAAGUUUGUUCACACUCUUGAACUUGACCUAGACACCAGACUAUGCGAUCCUACUACCUUUCUCAGGGCAAUAUGUGUCUUCCCAGCUGUGCACACGCUGACCUUACACGUCCAGACCAUAAUCCACCCUCUAGAACAGGUAUCUCCAGGAAUCGACCGUGAUCGAGAGGCUGCGAUGCAAACCUUCAAACUACUUGUGCAGGAGAAGGAGAGACUCAGCUCACAUACGCCUUGGAAGCGUAUCGUGCUCAAUGUCGGAGGUUGGAAGCGAGUCAUGGUGCGACGGCUGGGUGAUGUAUGGCGAAGAAGGAACGAGAUGGGCAUUUACGCGGAAAGAUGCUUUGUCUAUGAACGAGAUGCCCGCGACGAAAAUGUCACAGUACGCGAAGAGGUCUGCGUUGAGAACACAAGUCGGGGAGGAAGCCCAAGCCCUUGAUGGUAUCACCAUGACGACAGCGAAACUACCCAUCGAUGCUCUCACCGAAACGCCAUCCACGUUGCAACGCCUCGCUACCAGUUACAUAUACACAUGCACAUCGGCAAGGACAUUAUAUUAGAAGAAGCAUCACAUCAACAUGCGUCUAUUGGGCCAGACGCCCGGAAAUAUAACGAAGAAACGACUUGAUGAGCAUAACACAUAAACAUAAUAUACUUAUUACAUAUUUCGCCCAUAUUUCGAGUUUCACUCCCCAACCCGUGUCAUAUUCUCUAUCAUUCGAGUCUACACGCUUUACGCUACCUCAAUGGCAACCAGCCUUUGCCUGACGCCACUGAAACUGACGUAUAAAUCUCAAUAAUAUCCCCAAGUUCCUCUCUGAGCACGCAACAGAUCAUACAGACACUCUGGUGGUCAGAGUCCAUGUGUCACUUAUCAAUGUUCUCUCUCGCAUCCUCAGAUAUGUGUCCUACUGCCUGCCCUCAAGCAGCAUGGGCAUCUAUCGCCCAGUAAUCUGAGACGCUCUGAGUUGCAAGCAGAGGUCACAAGUUUAUCGUGCAUCGAGGGCUGCCACUUUAUUCUGCUCCUCCAGUACCACCGCCUCAAACAGUGUUUCAAGCAGAGGACUUAAGCCAGCCUUGAGGACAUGAUAGCUCAAAUGAUGGUCAAACAAGACUCAAAUAACAUGUUAAUUGAGCUCCGACCUGUCGAGAGACCUUCAUUUAGUGAGGUCCGAAUUCAGCACAGAGC